UACGUGUUAAUGAGUUCAUGAGUGACGUGUUCUCAUGUUCACAUACAAACAUGUUGAUGAAGGCGAUGAUUGACAGGAGCUAAUGAGCUCCACUGAGGAUGAAGAGUCUGAUAAAAGCAGAGACGAUGAAGAACGUCUACACAUGAACAACACAUGUUCUUCGUCUAACACGUGUGUCCCAUGUUGUGUCUCAUGUUUUGAACGUGUUCACUCUUUUUGUCACUUUUAUUUCUUCUGAUGUUUCACUGUUGAACACUCUGACGUCACUCUGUUGUCUGCACUGCACCAUGAUGUCGAACGCGAGCUCGCUGGCCGCUGUGACGUCACUGACGCUGGACGGCCUCGCGCAGCUGUCUGAGCACCGCUGGAUCUUCUUCUUCGUGUUUUUCGCGCUCUACGUGUUCGUGCUGAUCAGUGACGUGCUCGUGAUCUACGUCAUCUGUUCUCAGCGCAGCCUCCACAGGCCGAUGUUCGUGCUCGUGGCCGCGGUUCUGUUGAACUCCCUCAGCGGCAGCGCGGCGCUCUACCCGCGGCUGCUGUCAGACCUGGCGUCGGGCCUGCGGCGGGUGGAGGUCCCGGGCCCGGUGUGUGUGGGUCAGGCCUUCAUGGUGGGGUCCGCGGGCUCGAGCAGCUUCCUGCUGCUGGCCGCCAUGGCUCUGGACCGCUACGUGUCCAUCUGCCGCCCGCUGCGCUACGCCGCGCUCAUGUCACGUGCCGCGCUAGCGGCGCUGCUGCUGCUGUGCUUUCUGCUUCCUGCCGCUCUGGUGGGCGGCGCGGCGCUGCAGGCGGCGCGCCUGCCGCUCUGCCGCACGCGGCUCCGCAGACUUUACUGUGACGUGUACAGCUUCGUCAGCCUGAGCUGCGGCGGCGGGGCCGCGCUGCUGCUGCAAGUGUACGGCCUCCUCUGCUCCGCGGCCACUAUGCUCGCUCCCGUCAUCUUCGUGCUCGUCACUUACGGUCGCAUCCUCUAUAUCUGUCUACGCGGCUCGCGCACGAGCAGCAGCAGUAAAGCGUUGAAAACGUGCGCGCCGCACCUGCUCGUCCUCAUGAACUACUCAUUGAGCGUCGGGGUCGAGCUGCUGCAGCGCCGCGUGCACGGCGAGGGCGAGCCCGCGGCCUCCAUCCUCAGCUCCGUGCUCGGGUUAGUUGUUCCCACCGUGGGCAACCCGCUGGUCUAUGGACUGAAGGUGAAGGAGAUCCUCACGCACCUGAAGAGACUGCUGAGGAUCAGCUGA